AUGACGCAGCAUGCUGUCCCUCCCAAUGGCGAGCCUGCAUUGGUUUCGUCCAGAAACUUUAUUUUGCGGCUGGUGUUGCCAGGCUUAUUGCAAGGCAAGGCGCAGACUUUUGUGCAGCCCAUGCUGCCCAUUUUCGUGGCGGUGGACCUGGGCGGCUCACAUGGGAUGGUGGGCCUCAUUGCUUCAUGUUAUCCGAUUGCUCAAUUCCUUGGCUCUACGCCCGUGGGAUUUGUGAUGAAACAUUUGGAGAAUUCCUUGGCCGCUUGCCUUGCUUUGGCAUGGAUGGUCACCACAGCUUUGCUUUCGUUUGCAGCACAGACAGUCUAUGUCCUCAUGUGUAUCCGCUUGCUUGGUGGCCUUGGUGCUACCUCUUUUGACAUCUCGCAGAAGGCUUAUAUCGCUGCAGAGGUGCCGCCGGGUAUGCGUGGGAGGAUCGCGGCACAAAUCGCCAGUACGCAGAAGUGGGCCGUUAUGAUUGCCGCGUUGCUCAGUGGGGUGGUGGCCCAGCACCUGGCGACGCGGAGCAUUUUCUUGGUCCAGGCCUCCUUGUCAUUUUGCGCUUUACUCCUCAUUGCCUUGCACAGCCUCUACUUGAGAAGGAAGAGCGCUGAUGUGGAGUUGCAGGACUCAGGUGCAGCAGCGCCUCAAGACGUCUCUUUGCGGGCAAUUGUACGAGAUCACUGGCGAGGAUUGUUAGGUGCAGGCUUGUACUGCGCCAUGCUGAAUGGCUUUCGAAAUACCUGGAUGGUGUCGUUGCCUUUGCGAGGGCAUCAUAUUGGGCUGAGCAAGAUGGGCAUUGGUGCCAGCGUGGCGUGGUACAGGGGAUGUGAUGCCGCGGUCACCACCGCAGUUGCAGGCUACAUCAUGGACAAUUAUGGUCUUAAAGCUUCAGCAGUUCCCUCCAUGCUGCUGAUGAGUGCAGCCUUUUCACUCCUGGCCAUUGUGCAAGGUCCCAUCUCCUUGGCCUUGGUGGCGCUGGUCUUCGGCGUCGGCAAUGGGAUGUGUGGGGGCGUGAUCAACGCUUUUGCGGCCAGCCUGACACCCCCACACGCGCGGACCCAGUUCUUGGGCUUGUGGAAGACUGUCACCUCCUUGGGUGGCAUUUGUGUGCCACCCAUCUUUGGACUGGUCUCCGAUUCAUCGACCCUGGACAUGGCAGGCUUUUGCAUUUCUGGUGCAGCGCUUUGCACAGCGCUGUGGACGGUGCUGAUGGUUCAGCAGGUGGUUCCCAGCAGGAGGGCGGGCCCAUCUCCAGCUCAAGGAGAUCAGGUCUCAGUGUCCUUGGCCAACAAUCCAUCUCCAGCUUGA